UUCGGGUUCCUUAGGUCUCACCUGUAUCACGUAUUCACGUCAAUAUCUACGCUAAUUAACACACGCAAAUCUCCUCCCUUCUUUUGGGCUAAUAUUAAACAAAGUAAGAAUGUUCAGGCGAGAUUUUCCUGUGUGGUCGAAGCCUUAAACCUGCAAAAAUGGACCUCCUGCUCUUGAGCUUGCAGACCGCACUCAGUUCAAGAUUCUCACAACCUUAGUCCCACGUAUGUUUUCGUGAGGUUGAUGAUCGAAAGUAUAGCGGGUGAUUUACUUAGAAUCACCUCUUGCUCGAUUCUUGGUCCGAGGAUCCAAUGGCGGGCUGCGCGAAAGAAGGGGGCUGUCCCAGCGACUACAUUGCCGUCGCCAUUUCUGUUCUGUCCUUGAUCUUGCUUCUUUACCGAUCAAUCCUUCCCUUUGUGAUCCACAAAUUUUCUCGGACAAAAGGGAGCGGCUUCUGGAUUCCUGUGUUUCAAGUUUUUGCCAGCUGUAACCUUAUACUAUCAAUUGUGAUGUCCGUUGAUCUGCUGAAAUUCAAAAAGAGGCAUUGGUGGCAGUCUUGCUACCUUUGGGCAGUUUGGAUUGAAGGUCCAGUUGGAUUUGGUUUGCUGCUCAGCUGUCGUAUAGUACAGGCAUUCCAGUUGUAUUUCAUAUUUGGCAAGAGGCGUUUACCACCAAUGAGGUCGCAUGUCUGUCUUCCGUUAUUUCUCUUGCCAUGGUUUGCUGGGGCAGCCUUUAUUCAUAUGAAGCAGCCUCUGAAUAAUCAUUGUCACAUGGGUGCUCAAUGGGUUAUCCCGGUAGUCUCCUUCCACAUGUUGUAUGUCGCCACUCUUGUUGCAUUCACCGGAGCAAUUCGCCAUAUAGAAUUCAAAUUUAAUGAACUCCGAGAUCUCUGGAGAGGAAUAGUUGUCUCUGCAUCUUCUAUUGGAGUAUGGAUAGCUGCUUAUGUUUUGAAUGAAAUCCACGAAGAAAUCGGAUGGCUACAAGUCGUCUCAAGAUUUCUGCUUUUAGUCACAUCGAGUAUUCUUGUCCUGGCUUUCUUUUCCAUUUCAAGUUCACAACCUCUCCUGUCUCAAAUUAGCAUAAGAAGAAGAGAACCUUUGAAGUAUGAGACAAUGGGUCAGGCUCUUGGAAUACCAGACAGUGGUCUUCUAAUGCAAAGAGAGCGAAGUCAAGCUAUAGAUCCAAAUGAACCGCUGGAUAAACUUCUUCUGAACAAAAGAUUUCGUCAGUCCUUCAUGGCAUUCGCGGAUAGUUGUUUGGCUGGGGAGAGCGUGCAUUUCUAUGAUGAUGUCCAUGAGCUUGGUAAAAUUACUGUAAAUGACUCCGUGCGGAGAAUCUACAUGACCAGAGAUAUCAUCGAUAAGUAUAUAACUGCAGGUGCACCAAUGGAGAUUAACAUAUCUUACCGAUGCCGACAAGAUAUUUUGACGACUUCUAAUCUAGCACAUCCUGAUCUCUUCAACAAUGCGCUAAAUGAAUUGCUGCAGCUCAUGAAAAUGAAUUUGGUGAAAGAUUACUGGUCUUCCACGUUCUUCUUGAAGUUUAAAGAGGAAGCAAGCAUGAGAUCGGACACUCAUGAGAUGGAAACAAUGACCGGUUGGAACUUCUCCCCUAGAUUGAGCGGUGUACGUAGCGCAGACGACCCCUUUCACCAGGAAUAUCUUACAAAGGACUCAGACCACAGUAGUGGACAUACAGAUCCAAUUUGAGCCAAGGGGAAAGAAAAUACCGGAGAUUGUCAAUGAGCAUCUCUCUUCACUCGCAAUCUAGCUAUUCGUGUCCAAUGCAGCCUCUGACAUGGCUUUCAUCUAUACAGCAUGGAAACAAUAAAUAAUGCUAGAGUGAUGGCAUACAAGGGAAA